AAGCGCUCUUUAAACAUCCAAUGUAAAAUGCAUGACUGGCUAAAAUCAUCCAUCUAUGAUAUACACCUGAGAACUGAUAAGCCAGACUUCAUUCGAUCAAACUCUGAUAGGUCUUCACAAAGUUCAAUAUGAGUCUCUGCGAGUAAGAAAAUUGGUGUCUGAAGAACCAUUGAUAAUCGAGAUACUGAAGCGAUCUCUCCUCAGUACCUAUUUAACCAAGGUUCGAAGCCGAAGCUGAUGGUAUGGAGAAAGAAGUAAUUGAAGUCUAAAUAAAAAGAUUCAUGCAGUCCAGUACGAAAAGAUACCAGAAAUGGAAAGUACUAGUCUUUCUGGAGUGUCUAACAAAGGAGAAGGAGGCCAACUACCAGAUGCUGAUUUGGUAGUAAUAGAGAUAUCUAGCUUAAUUUGUACUGAAAAAGACCUCUAA